AACGGUCCUACGUACCCCCCAGUGAAGUGGCGACCGGAACCAGACGGAAACCAGAAAACGGUGAAAGAGACACAGAACAGGAAAAGUUGCCAAAAAAAAACAGAGAUAUAGAGAGUGAGAGAGAAAGGAGUGCAGACAAUUGUUCUGGAGCGACAAACAGUUGUGUGGUGAUGGUGGUGGAGUGAUAAAGACCUCUGGCCACCCAAUCCGCUAACCGAUAACGGAACGAACGGAACGAAGGGGCGGUCGAAUCGAACCGAACGCGUUCGUUUCGUUGGCGGUGUGUGUCCGCGCACUGGCACGCAUGUGGUAGUGAGCGUGGGCAGUCGACGAAGGACGAAACAACACCUACGCACGGAACCUACGCAUCCUCGCACGGUCAGCUCGCGGGCUCUUCGCAGCAGUUCCAUCUCGACGUUGCAGCGAAGCAGACGCAGGCAAACAACCAGCCCAAUCCCAGAAGAUAAGAGGAAAGCUACUACUGUUAACAGCAACAUCCGGUGCCACAGUGAGUUCGUUUAGUGGCCAUCUAGUGUACGAACGGACUAUUAGAACUAGUCGUGGCUUUGUGCAUGUGUGAUUGUGUGUUGUCAUCCAUCAUUGAGUCGAGCAGCAGCAACAACAAUAACAACAACAGCAGAACAAGGGCACCAUCGAAAGUCACAAGGGACAGGAUUUAAACACACUCAACCCCUCGCCAUUAACUUACUGUGGAUUUCCUUCCAACACAACGGCCAUGAUGUCUCCCGUGGCAUUGACGUCAGUGGUGGCGCUAUUAUGCUCCCUGCUAGUGACCCUGUGCUCGGCCGCCGGCGCACUGUCAGCACCACCGAGCUAUCCGGUGUUCGGUACCAAGCGGUACACGCGCGGUAACCUCGUUCCCACGAGUGAGUACGGCAGCGGUGGCAUCGGUGGCGGUGCUCUGUCCGGUGCGUUGGGACUUCCGGUGUACCACCGGUUGCCGAGUGGACGCUACUACGAUGCCCCGCUAACGUCACCCCAGUACUUCCCGUUUGCACCGUACCAGCAACCGUCGAGCACCGUCGACUACUACGACGAUACCGGCUACUAUGGUGACGGAGCGAAGAGCUUCUACUAUCUGCCACCACCACCGCCGCCGCAACCGCAACAUCGGCGCUAUCAGCGCAACAACGAACGCUACACGUCUUACGGGCUGCCGACGUACCGGGGCGAGUACAAGCCGACCCCGUACUACUACGCGCACGGUCCGAGCUACAGCUACACUGACGAUCACGAGUCCAGCAAUCCGCUGGACGAUCUGCACGAGGAGAUGCUGCAGGAGGACGAACGGGAGCGUGCCCUGGAUUACUAUCCCGUUGGUCAGGAGCAAUGGUACGAGAGUCCCUCCCGUCCCGAUUCGGCCUUUCUGCGCAAUCUCAUCCUGUACAACCAGCAGCUCCAGAACUAUGGUCGGGGAAUGUCAAUGCUGCAGCAGCAGCAGCGGCCGAUGAUUGACGGUUCCAAUGAGGAUGAUUUCGAGGAUUACGACGAACCGGAGCCGGACUACGAGUACGAGGGGGCCAUCGCUGACCCGGAACCGGGCUAUGAUAGCUACUAUGGAGCUGGGUAUGCAGCUCCGGCUGCUGCUGGUGGUGCACGGUACGAGGCAAGUGGUGGUAGUGCAGCUUCCAACAACCGCGACGCACUCAGCAAGCUAAGCAGUUUACGCAGCAGCAUGGCCAUGAAUCAGAUCGACGACGACGACGACGAGGAGGUGCAGGAACUGAAGUCGUUGAUUCACCAGCAGAAGAGCAACCAGCAACGGUUACCACCGAUGUUUGUCGACAAGAUGGCACCGUUCGUGCUCAAAAACCAACAGUUCCCGGCACCACCAACACCUUCCAGUAGCUACCAGAAGCAACAUCCGGCGCAAUAUCAAAUACAGCAUCAGCAGCAGCAGCAGCAGCAGCAGCAACAGAAGCAAGCCCAAGAACAACUACAAAGGCAACAACAGCAGCAGCAGCAGCAACAUCAACGGCAAAAGGAACAGCAGCAAAAGCAGCUACUCCAACAACAACAGCAGCAACAACAACUGUUUCAGGAGCAACAGCGCGAACAGCAACGGCUGAAGGAGCUUCAGUUGCAGCAGCAGCAGCAGAAACAAGAGCGUGAGCUCAAACAGCAACAACUGCUACGCACGCUGUCCAGCGACUACCAGGCGGCAUACGAACCGACCGACAGCUGGCAGAAGGAUAGCCCGAGCUACAACGCUUACGACUACGACAAUGAGUACGACGAUGGUUCCUGGAGCCACUGGGAUCGGAAGCGUAACGUGCAGCCCAAGAAAGCGACCUUCGCCAGCAAAACUACAUCGCCAGUGACGACGACGACGACGACGAAAACGAAGGUAACAACAACGGUUAAACCAGCGGCUGUACCAACCAGCACGACGUCUGCUCCGGUAACGAUCAAACCGGUGGCACAUCAACCGGGUCAAAAAGAGGUCGUCUUACCGAGACCAACCAAUCCACGGAAUGCGUUCUCUGCCAGCCUACUGAAUGCAGUCGCUCCGAGUACAGCGCAUCAGCAGCAGCAGCAGCAACAUGGAGUCAUGAAAGUAGACCAAGGUUCCAUGGCGAAGCAGAUAAAGUCCAGCAAGAUCUACGACACGAUCAAGGCCAUGGUCAACAUGCGCCAACAAAUGGAGGAUGCCGAUCUACGCCAGCAGCUGGAACAUCAGAAGCAGCUUGCGCACAUCCGUAAGCGAUUCGUUUCCAACGAAGAGUCGCUCGUACAGCAGCUGGAUGGUCUGAAACGGUCUGCAUAAGCUGAUCGCCGGCACAAUCUGCAAGCUCACUACGAGCCGAGUAAGUAAUUCUAUCCAGAUAGAGAGCAAGAGCGGAAAUUUUCUAUAAUUUCAUGCGAGACAGAGAUAGAACUACUAUUAUCGAUUGAUUUCACGUUCUGGAUAUUCCGAAGAUUCCGUUUGAUCCGUUUGCAAACUAUCUCGUUCGUUCUUGUACUGCAAGUACUUAUCUGCUCAAAACACUCGUUUUCAAAGAGGAGAAUCCCUUGGUUUUCCCUUUGGUGGUCGGGUCAGAAAGGCCAGUUUAUCGAUUUUACAAAUAACAGGCAUCGAAUGGCCGGAAGGCACAGUGAAGCAUCAAACAGUGGAAUACUAACCAAAUUAAAGGAGAAACAAAUGGAAAACCAAACACAAAAGCUGAGACUGAAAUUAUGUAAAUAGAUGAAAGUUAGCAGGAACUACUAUACAGACAGGCUGCAAACAGUCAAACACAAUAUAUAUAUGGAAGUUCGCUCGCAAAGCGGGUGAUAUGCCAGAGGCACGCAGGCACACAGACACAGAAAUUAGAAACUUGUUAUACAUUUAUAUAUAUACAUACCACUUGUGAUUGCGGAACAUGUGCAGAGUACCUAGUAGAACACGGGUGGCGGAAGACGGAUACCUUGCACCGCUGGGCUUACUGGAUGUUGAGCUUAGAAGUGAUCGGCAUCCCUCGGGUCCGCUCUAUCGCGAUGGACAAACAGCCGCAUCCGCGUUGGGAAUAGUUGGGUAUUGGCAAAAAGCCACGCGAUGGGGCAGCCCUAGAAGGAUGUUGAAUCAACGAUCAUUUCCCCUAGGGUUUCCAGUUCAGUUCUGCUCGGUCGUGCGUUUGGAUCACCAAUUCCUAUACUUUUCCCGGGGAGUAAGAAUAACAAAUGAGCGAGGCAUGUCAAUUGACCGUCGAUCUUUCGUUCGCUUCCGAAAGGACACUAAUAAGUUCCUCCACAGUGGACCAUAGGGAUCAGGUCCUUAUGAUGAUGCUGGCUCAUAGACGGUUUAGUUGAAGUUGCGUUUCGUAGCAAACAAAAAAAAAACAAUGUAAAAAAGACACACUUUUACACUCAUACAAGCACACAUACAAGGUGCGGUACGACCGGUACGGUAGAUGAAAAGUGUGACACAGUCCCUUCCAAAUGGCAGCUAGCGCCCUAAGUCAACAGCAGCAGAUUGAAAGCACUGAAGGCAAAACAGGAACAUCGGAAGUGGACCGUACACGACAAACUACCGAUGGCUACCAUCACUUUUCCCCACCAGUUAGAGGCUACCCCUGGGGCUACUUCGGGAUAGCAAACAAGAGCUGAUGGCUUAGUUUACCCAAUAUCAGAUAAGCAUAGAGAAAUGGGUAAUAGAUAAUACUGAAACGAAAUUUAAACCAUUUAAAUCUCAUCCAAAUAUGCUACACCAUGCGCACCCUUACAAUCGAUGUGGCUUAGAGCGAGCAGAACAUUUCCUCUAUCCAACUGAACCAAAUUGAAACCAGUUGGAUCCACUCAGUGCUGCGAUUUGAGUUGAUCGCUUGCAUUCGCUAUGAAGUUGCAAAUAGCAGAUUCGUUUACAUGUACCAUUUGUAGCUUUUCUCCUAUAUUCUUAUUUCUUUACUUUGCUUUUCUAUUGUAAGCUCCCGCAGCCUUCGUAGCACUAUGUAAAUAGAAGCAAAUAGCAAAAGAAGCCUUACACAUCCUGCGUACCUAAUCAACAAUCAAAUAUCGAGCAAAAAGUAUUAUAGACAAGCUUUUAAGGGCAGACACAAAGCGCGCACUAAUUAAGCAAAGCACAAUUAUGCAUUUUUUUCUUCAAGAAUGAUGUUCAAUGUCACGAAUAUAUUCUAACAACCAUAGACAGCCCCAAAAUCCAUAAAAAUAGCACACUACCAGCCGGCAUCGCAUAACACGCCGUUUCCACAUGCACUUUCACAACCGCUGUUGCAUUGAACGCUUAAUUUUCGCAAAACUGUUUGCAUUUACGUCACAAAAUGGUGGACGCUGUCGAAGAUAUAAUAUGAAUCAAACAGAAAUAGAAACCCUAUCUAGUACAGAGAGCAUGGACUGCAUGUAGCUAUUAACAAAUCUACUAACAAAGCGUUUGGCAUAAAAAAACUGUAAAGCCUGCAUCUAAUCUGGAUAGCAAAACUAGCUUUAUCAAGCUGAUCGCCAAUUAAACAUAUAUAGCUAUAAACGAUUAAGCUAUUAUCGCCUGUUUAAGUUACGAUUUUUGAAGUCAAUUUAAUAUUGAAACUAAACUCUUUUUAGCUUUUUUAUGCUUUAACAAAUUGUCCUGUUGUUCAAUAAUUUUCAUCACCUAUGAUCACUCUACGGUUAAAACAUGUUUCUUUCGACCGAGUACAGCUGCAACACGCCUUCGAAAACCGAUGGCUUUUCAACACUUUCACUCACUCAAAUAGCAUUUGCUUUUCAUUAUCACUUAUGUUCCUUUCCGUUCCGUAAAAAAACGUGUACAAAAAUACCGUUUAGAAUAUCAGAUAUAACAAUACCAUUCCAUAAAUAUUGCUACGCAGAAUAAAACAAAAACCCUAACAACUUAUCCAUAUGCAUGUGUAUAAAACGAGCAAAAAUAGAACUGCCUCCAGCCCGAAGGAAAAGAAACCCGUUUCGCAGGCCACAAAGCAUCAUCAUUUCAAAAAUACCGUCUCGACACGCAACGCCUCGGCCACGGAAUAAUUCGUUAUUUGGGACAGAAGAGGCGCAUUACGAGCUACCUCACACGGGCAGCCGACUUCAUUUCAAGGGAAAUCUAUUUUCCGAUCUGAUUCCUCUGGUGACUGCUUUCAAAUACCGGGGAAUGGGUUUUCAAUCAAGUGCAUCACUGAAAACGACUGCCAGCACGGGGCUCGGGAAUAUUUAACUGCGAGUUCCACAAAUUAUGUCAGAAGCGAAGCGAGCUGAUGAACAGAGCAAAGUAAUUGAUUAUGGGAAAAGCAACUUUUUCUUUCGCCGAAAAUUCAUAAACUCAUCCCAACUUUCUACGUCUCCUCCGGAAGGAUGCUACCGGUUCCGAUCGACAAGACGAAUAGUUUCCUGGCGAUCGAACAAGCGGUCGCGACUCGGCUUCCGGCCACGGGGCGCCAGUAAACCAAACGCGCUCGUCUCUACCGGUGCCUCCAUGGUUUGGCCGUAUGCCAGCGCGGUCCACCGCCAAGGGCAUUCACCCUUGUCAUGGCAGAACUGUGAAACGCCAUUCGGUUUGGCUGGAAGCUCACGGAGGAAUCCGGAUCGCGUCCGACGGCAGGGGACCGGGAUUACAAAAAAAAAGGAACCAUAUCCCUGUCCCACUGUCGGUCCGCUUUGAUUUGUGCGAUCGCCUAACGAAACCAUUCAAUAGUGAAAGAGAGAGAGAGAGUGAGUACAUACGAUAGGAUCCGGGAGCCUCUCGAGUCUCGAGGAUGGCAGAAGAAAGCUUCGGAAGAAUGUCCUGCCCUAAUGAAAUUUGGGGCCCUGUCCGGCCAUCGCUGAAAUGGUCAUUUCAGUCAGCGAACCCUUUUUUAACGAACCCGAGCCGAGAAAACCCACCAGGGUCUGCGUUCCCGACGAAGGUGAAGACACCGAAAUGAUGAUGCUUUCGCAAAAGCGGGAAAAAAGACUAAAGUGUGGCCAAUUCAUCGAGAAAAAGAUGAUAAACGUGAAGAAACAUGAUAAGGGACCCGCAAGCAAGCACAGGUACUGUGUCUAGAGGCUGGUGGUAGUGGGGGCUGCCGUACUAUUGAACUCACCCCAAAACUUACCGGACAACCGUAGUCAAUCAACACAACGGAUAAAAGAUAUCGACUAGGUGCUAGGGGAUAGCCUAGCAAUUUGGCCGCAGGCAGGAAUUUGAUUGGAUGAAGUAUGAACCGGGCGUACGGUGGUGUCAACCGCAAAAAUCUAAACCGAACGAAGCCGCAAGAAAUGCUCGCGUUCACAAGAUUUGACAAUAAUGAUGAGAUCGUUUUUAAAGCAGCCUGUUGGUCGGAGUGGGUGUAUGUAUGCGCGUGUACGUGUUUGUAUAGGGAUGAAUGAGUGAGCAGUUGAACAGAUGAUGGAAAUGGUCGAACUUGAUGGCAAGGAACGAAGGUUGUUGUACUAGACAUUACUCAGUUUGUUCAUCGUUUUGCUAGCAAUGCUCUUACGGUAGUUCGAUUGUUCGAAGUUAAAACAGGGCGGAACCAUCGCUAGAAGUUGUGCCAACAGAACCUAUUUUAUGAGAAUUUUUCCUUCCCUUUGAAGCGAUCCAACGUUCAUCCUACUUAGCGAGAAUUAAAAAAAACCACUACCACUAAACCCAUGAAAAACCAAUAGUCCCUAUCGUUCGUUUGCAGCUGCUCUUUUGGCUUUCCAAUCAGGCGGUAUGUCUAGGAAUGGAAGGACUUAAAGGUCGGAUCUGGUCGAGGAAAGCAUGUAUGCAUGUAACCCCUUGAAAUGUGUGUAUCUGUCUGUGUGCGAGUGUUUGUACUGAGGGUGUAAAGUUCGUGUUAUAAUAGCAUGCAGAGCCUCAUGUCCUGGCAAAUCUAGGAAACAUGAAUGUAAGGACGCAACGGCAGCGCAAGUUCGAAAUACCGAUGCGACUGUAAAAGGAUGGAAUGCAAACUACUGGAAUGAUAAACGCAAACAAACAAACAAACAAACAAACAAACAAACAAACAAAAAAUGCUGUUACCUGCACAAAUCACGACGACGAAAAGAACGUUGAAAACGCGAUAAGCGGAGAUCCCUGGGCUGCUUCUUGAGGCAGAGCGCUAACCACGCUACCAGUAAGGACGGCGCCCAACACAUCGCCCUGGAUGGAAUCGCCCAUCGAGAGCUGUCGUGUUGUCGCGUGCACUUACCAGGUGUGUACUAACUACUAAGGAGGUAUUUGCUAAUUAUAUAGCUGUGUUACAGCUACCAACCCACGUAGGUGCAGGAGCGGAAAAACUACCAAAAAUUAACAAACAUACAUAGACAAUGAGCAUUCGCUGGUGAUAGUAAUGUUAAUGAACAGUGGAAAUCGUUUGGAGAGCGGACCAGCGCAUCACUGAAGGAUCUUAUUUUAAAAUCAUUUUACGAUAUGACUUCAAGGAUGGAGUGUAAAUUGGCCAAACACAUUAGCCUAAUGCAGCGUGGAUGGCUGCCAAUUUUUACCAAUCGAAACAAUAGAUGCUCUACUUACACUAACAAAACCAAUACCGAGGAUAAUAGCAGAUAAUCAACAGAAGAAAAAAAACAUUCCAGAACACGAACAAAAGGUGGUUGAGGAAUCGAAGCGAUACAGUGAGCAACUACUAGCCAAUAGCUAAUAGCAUGUGAGGCAAGGCAAGACCUAGGACUGGCAAAGAAGAAAUAGGCGAGAGAAAAACAACAUUACAAAUGUACAUAUCUUCUCUAAUGCAUUGAACCUAAUUUACACCCUAUGCUAUCGUGAGUGUACGCUUGUCGAACCACUCCCGGUUAGCUGCUUUGUACAUAAUAUAAACACAAAUAUAUAGAUAUAUACUUAUA